AUGUGGAAGAAUAGAACAUUCUCUAAUCUUCAAUCAGUUACAGAGAUGAGUCGAGAAUUAAUAAUAAGCAGUUUGAAUGCUCUCAAGAAAUCAGUCUCGCGUUCAUUCACACAAACGCUAACUCAUGAAAAUGCUAUACGUUGUGUAAAACGAAUUGAACGGCUAUUCGAUUAUACAAUAGUUGGUGGUAAAUGCUUAAGAAGUAGUUUAAUAGUGAAUGCAUAUAAUGCAUUAGAUCGGCAUGCGUCACGUCAAAGACUGCAACAGGUGACGAAUGUAGCAUCUUGCAUUGAAAUACUGCAAGCGUCAUUCUUGAUAUUUGAUGACCUAAUGGACGAAAGCAGUAUGAGAAGGGGUAAAGCAUGUUGGCACUGUCUGCCUGAUAUUGGUCUAAGUGGAAUAAAUGAUGGUCUCAUUUUGGAAUGUGCAAUAGUUCAUUUAUUGAACGAAUCACUUCUAAAUCAUCCAAAUAAAGACAAAAUUCUCAAUGCUUUCGCACGUGUUAAACAAAUCACUACAAUGGGUCAGAUGUUAGAUAGUAGUUCCAAUGGUAUGGAGGAUUUGAAGUGGGAAAGGCAAGCAGCAAUUAUGUAUAAUGAUAUUGUGAAACACAAAACGAGCUAUUACACUUGUUACGCUCCUUUGAAAAUAGCAAUGCUCCUAGCAGAUCGUACUCUUUUUAUUGAUCAAUGUAAAGAUAUGGCUCUUAAAAUAGGUUACUUGUUUCAAGCACAGGACGAUUAUUUGGACUGUUUUGGCGAUGUGUCAGAAAUGGGCAAAGUUGGAACUGAUUUACGCGACGGCAAAUGCACAUGGAUAACAUGUAAAGUUGCUGAAAUGCUGAAAGAUCAACCGCAGAAUAAGCGAACAUUUGAGGAGAACUUUGGGAAAGCAUCGAACGAAUGCGAAGAAAAACUGAAAUCGUUACUGCAUGAAUUGAAAGUGAAACAUGAAUUCGCACAGUUUGAGGAAGAUUACUCGCGCUCACUGCUAAACGACAUCGAUUGUUUCGAAAUAAUCGAGCUGAGGAGUGUCCUUCGACAAUCAUUUAGUUCACUGAUCAAACGAAGGAAGUAA